AUGUUUGAAACAAUUCUCGGAGGUGUACUACAUGAAUGUUUUACUUUUUCUAUUCCAGUAUGGGUUGUCUUUAUUGCAGUUAUUUUAGCAUGUUGGUUGAUUUAUUGGGAUAAAUCUUCUUCCAAAUUGAAGGUGAAGGGAAAACCAUUCUCACAGGAAGCCACGCAUAAUUCGAUCGUAAUUGCUUGGGAAAAGCCUCUUUUUGCAGAUCCGGACUUUUACAUCGUUCAUUACAGAGAGGUUCGUUUAGAACCAAGAAGAUGGAGUUCUCUUAAAACACAAGGCAACUUACGUAAAAUUACAAUAUCUGAUCUUUUACCGAAUACCAAAUAUAAAGUAAAAGUGAGUGCAUGCUGUGGAACAGAAGUUGGUCCCUCAGGUGAAGAAAGUGAUGAUCUAGUCACAAAAAGUCUAGCAUUUAAGAUAAAAGAGGCAUCUGAGUUCGUUGAGGGAUCAACGCAAGGUACCGUAUCAAAAUAUGCCGUACCCAGUAGGAUUGAAAAUGAUGAAGAAAUGAAGAUACAGACAAUAAAGAUAGGGGACGGAAGUCAACCGAAUGCAGAGAGGAAAAGUAUUCUGCUCAUCAGCGCACCGCAUUCUGGAAAAACCACGCUUAUUGAGGGAAUAAUGAAUUAUAUAUUUGGGGUUACAUUUAAGGAUGACUUUCGGCUUUGUCUAUCACAGAGUAUCAAAGAUGAGGUUCACCAUGAAUGGCUGAAAGUAUACCACUUUGACGAAUAUGAAGGAGGGAGGAUAAACUUGACUCUUACAAUUUAUGAUGUUCCGAGAUUUUGUUCUUCAAGUAUGGACUGCGAAAACCAAUUGCUUAAACAAAUAGAAUUUGUUAUGAAUCAAGUUUCGGCAGAAAUCAAUUUAAUAUGUUUGGCCAUAAAAGGGAAUGAUUCCCAUUUGGCGACAGAGCAAUUGGAAUAUUUUAGAUCACUCUUAAGUAUCUUCGAAGAUCAUAUGAUGUCGAAUUUUUGUGCCUUAUAUACUUUUGCGGAUGUUGGGGAAGCGUGUAUCCAUAAAAUACUUCGAACCAACGAAAUUAUGCCGAGGAAAUCUUUUCAUUUAAACUUGUCUUCUCUCUUUCAAAGUAGUCAUCGGUAUUCCCAGACUUUUUGGCAAAUGAAUUCAUUUCAACUGGACUCAUUUUUUGAUUUUGUAAGGCAGUCGUCUGCCAAAGGUAUCUGCAAAAAGGAACAGUUGCUAAUUCCCCUUCAAUCAGAGAUAACUCCUGCAGAGCUAGAGGCGUUCAGGAAUGAUAUACAUGUAGCCUCCCGACCCACAGAGAUAACUCCCGCUAAACUAGAGGAGUUAAAAAAUGAUAUAGCUUCCCUUCAGCCACAGAUAACUAAAGAUAUUUCAGAAAUGGGAGAAAUAAAGAUUCAAAUAUUUCUAUUUACAACACGCAAAGACGAGAUCGUGUCGAAUGGUGAUAUAUCCUUUACAAUAGAAGAAAUCCGACAAAUAAAAAAAGAUCUUACGCCGGGCUUGCAUGUAACAAAUUGCAUGCAUUGCUAUUAUACCUGUCAUGAGAAUUGUGCGAUCCCGGAUGAUGACGGAAAGAGAAGGUGUAGUGCUAUGGAUGGAGAUGGGAAUUGCAUGGUAUGCACAAGUCAUUGCAUAUGGUCUAUCCAUAAAAAUACCCCAUACAUUUAUGAGUACAAAAAGGAAGUGAUCACAAAAUCAUACCAAGAGAUGAAGUUGAAUUAUGAAAAAGAAAAAGGAAAAGAGCUUACAUAUGAUGAAUACCUAGAAAAUCUUAACAGUGACAUACAAGCACUGCUUGAGAGGUUGCAUGGAAAGGUACAAAAGAUGGCAGAGUGUCAAAAUGAACUGCAAGGUAUCGAGCAUAGUCCAAUCGCACGUUCAGUUGGCGACACAAUCGAUGAUUUGAUUGAAGCUGAAAAACGAAAGCAAGAAAGGGGAUAUGAAAAAAGAAUUGAGAUGUAUGAAGAAUUAAAAAAAUACUCAAAAAUGGUGAAAAUAAGCCGAGUUCAAAAUUAGAGCAGC